UCACAGGGGGCGGGGCUUGUGAGCUACCUGCAGCAGGUAGGCUCGGGUUACCUGGAGCUCGUUUCUUCCUGCUGCUGAAAACCACAACGCUCACGUCCGCUGAUGACUUUUAUCUCAUCAACUGAUUCCAAACCUCAUCCGAGCCCCUGGAGUCAGUUUGAGAGUUAAAUUAUUAUCUUUAUUAUUGUUUCUUUCCUCCACAUCGGACUUUGCUUCCACGUUUCCUGAGAUGAGCUCAUCCACCGGCGGGUAGACGUCACGUGAUGUCAGGAUGCCCGGUGUAGGACCGUCCCCCUCAGGUUGCCACGGCGACAGCAUCCUCACAGACGAAGGGAGUGAUGCCGAGCCCGGAGAUGAAGUGAGAGACUCGGAGUUGCUCCAGGACUCGUCCCCGUAUCACUUCGUGUUCAGCUCCACUUCGCUGGAGCCGAACGGAGAAGAAAACCAGCGCGGGGACGACAGCUGGAGCCAAGAUGGAGGCCCGCAGGGAGAGUUGGAGAGGAGGUGGUCUCUCUGGCACCAGUUCAUGAAGGAACACGCCCACCUGGACGCUUGGCUGCGAUUGGCUGAGCAGGCUGUCGAUUCCCAGAGCUCCGCCCACAUCACAUACACUGAAGCAAAGGAGGAACUGAGGAAGUUUGAGCGGCUGAGGCGUGAGGCGGCUUCUCGUCUCGUCCAGCUGGACAGUCUGACCCAGAAGAAUCGGACGCUGGCUCGGUUGUUUCAGGGCGCGAUGGCAGCUCGGCUGCUGGCGUCGACGAGGGAGUGCGGCCGACGAUGGGACGACGUGAACGUCAAACUGGAAUCCAUCACUGGACGACUGCAGCUCUUUGUGUCGGAGUGGGAGGAGUUUGAAGCCCAGAGGGAGGAGCUUGCCGUGUGGUUGGCUGAUAUGGACGUUCGUCUGACGGCGGUUGAUCACCUGACAGGAAACGCCUGUGAAAAGCUCAGACAGCUGCAGUCGUUCCAGGAUUGCGUGUGCGAGAACUCGUGCCGUGUGAACGCUCUGCUGCAGCGCGGCGAAGCCUUGAUCCAACACAGCGAACCCAGCGACGCCCAGUGGGUGGAGACCGGGCUGGAGGAGCUGCUGCAACGCUGCAACUACGUCUACAACAACAUAGCACGAACACACACCAGGCUGCUCAGCAUGAGACUGGUGUUUGAGGACGACUGCAUCCUGUCCCAGGCCCCAGACUCUGGUUGUCCCUCGGAGACUCUUCCAGACGAAGAGGGAGCGCUUGAUAAACACCACCUGGACGUCCCUGCACAGUCGACCCCCUCUGGAGAUUUGCAUCCGUUGGUUAACCCUUCAUCCUCACCCCUGCGCCAUCCUCCCCCUCCUCCCUCGCGGUCCUCUCCCACCCACGAGCACCUGGAGUGGGACCCCUCGGUGGAUAUUGGACAUUCUGUCUCCUGUGACGAAACAGACUCGUCGUAUUUCAGCGUCAGCACAGGUCUCGGUCACAGAGACGGCCAGAAAAGGUGGAGCUACCUCAGCUCCUUCGACUCUGACUCGGACGUCACAAACCAGGAGGCAGACGUGGGUCUGGACAGGUGGCCUGACCCCUCCCAGCGGGACCUCUUCUCCCUGGGUAAGACCAGACAGGAGGAGGAGGAGGAGGGGGAGGAGAAGGAGGCGGCUCUGGACCAGUGGAUGACCUCCACUCCUGACCGACUGGACGGUGAGCCGGUCGGCUUCGAUGGCGGCCGCGUGAAGGCGUGGCUGAGAGUCCAGAGCUCCGCCCCCCUGGAGAGUAGGACGUCCUGUUCCAGAGCGGUGCAGACUGACCGGGAGUGUCGUCUGUCUGGAAGCCACGUCAGCCCUCUGCUCCCUCAGCUCCACAUCAGCCCACGUUGCCAUGACGCCACACAGCCUCUUCCUGCCUCCUCCUCCUCAUCUUCAUCACCACCGUCACAUGACCUGGAAGUAGACACCCCCUCUGAUUGGAUGACGCAUGGCUAUCGGCUACAGGAUGAAGAGGAGACGUCAGAGCAUCACCUUCAUCAUCAUCACCUUCAUCAUCUGUCAGAGCUAAGCGGCAGGAUCUCCUCCCCCUCCUCCUCCUCCUCCCCCUCAUCCUUCUCCCCAGCCCUCCUCUGCCUCCUCCUGGCUGCAGCUCUGGCCUUGCUGACCUGUUAUUUCUGGGUCGUCGUGGAGCCGCCGUGUCACCGCAGCAACAGGAUGCACCAAAGCUUCCACGUGUCCCUGAGAUACGUCAAUGGACCCCCACCCACCUGAAGAAAUGACAAAAAAAAAAAAAAAACAGCCAGAGACUCUCAUCCACCAGACGUGUCAGACCACAGGAAAGAAACUCAGAUGUGAUAGAAGCCUGGAGGAAGAUAGAAGGAGCGAAUAUUCUCACCUGGCAGUUUAUUAAAGGUUAAACUGCACUAAACAUUUAGCCGCUGUUAGCUCAGGAAGUUCUCUGUGCUGCAUCCAGAAAACACAUUUACAUUUAUAUUAGAAAGUUAAUUAUCUAAGAGAAAAGCCUAUAGACAUCUCUGUAUCGACAAAUCAGAACUUUGUGCAAAAUGUGUUGGCAGCUAAAAGAAGACGUUUACAAGCUCCUGUUAUUAAAGCAUUAAACACUGGCUGCAGAGAUGCUUUAAUUCCCAACUGCACCUGAACUGGAGCAGUUAUUGGUCAUAACUGGUGAAUGGUGCAUCAUAAUAAUCAUAAUAAGAUCCAUUUGAUCAUAUCACUGCGCUCUUUCUGGUUUCUUCUUCAUAAACAGCCUUUAACAAACUGCAGCAUCUUAAAGGGAAAUGAUAAGUAAACAUGUAACUGCCUUAUUUUCCAGGCCGCGCCUUAUCUCUGUGGCUGGAGGUGUUUAAAUGUUCGCUCUAAAACUGAGAAGAGUUGUGAAUCUGGUUACAACCUCAAAAAAAAAAAAAAGAACUAUUCUUAGACCUAGAGCCGUGAUGCUAAUGUAGCUAAUGCUAAUGCAGCUAACUGUAUAAAUUAGUAUUUUAAUCACUAACUUCCUUGUCCCAUAGUGAUAGCGCUUGUAUUUAUACGUUCAGAGGAUGCGUUUUGUUAAAUAUACUAUAAGUCAAGUUGAUCUUUAAAGAAAUUAAGAUAAUGCAAUAAAAGUGUAUGUAAAGAAUUAAAUGGAAAAUAUAAUAAUAAUAUUAAGCUGUAAGUUCCUUUUUUUGCUGUAAAUAUCUGACAGAUUUUUACUGAGUCUGAGACUGAAGAGAUUCUCACCAUGUCUGUGGUUUGUGUUGGAUUUGGUUCUCAGGGGAACAUGUGUGAUGAUGUUUUUGACACUUUAAUGGAGUAAAAAGGAGCUCGAUAAAUCAACUGCCAUAUUUAACAUUUCACGUUUUCAUUAGAAUAGAUGAAUAAAUAAAAUAAACUGUAUGAAACUAAAA